AUGAAGGUCGCCAUCCUCAUCACCGCUUUCGCCGCCACGGCUCUCGCAACCCCCACCUUCGGCGGCUGGCCCUGGAAGCAGCCAUCCAAGGGCGACGCUCCCAGCUACGGCAGCCCACCACCCACCUACGGCAACGGCGACGAGCACUGCCCUGCCGCUCCCACCGUGACCAAAUACGAGACCAAGUACGAGACCAAGUACGCGACCAAGUACGAAACCAAGACCGAGUACAAGACCGCUACCGUCACCAAGCCGUGCGAGCCUACCAACCCGCCCAAGUAUGAGAACCCGCCCAAGUACAACAACCCUCCGUCGUACAACCCACCAAAGGGCUACAGCCACUAG